CCCCAGCGCCGCUCCGGGGCGGGCGGCGGCGGCGGCGGGACCGGCGGAGCCGCUUUGUGUGCAGCCCGGAGAGGGGCGGCGGCGCAACCACCUGACAGAGGCCCGGGCGCUCGAUGCACCUUCCGCCCGCAUGAGGAGGAGAGGCCGGUAGAGGACUGUGAAAGAAAAGUUGUCCCCCAGGAUGGACUUCUCGACCGCGCAGCCCAAGCCUGCCCCUGCCCUCUGUGGCGUUGUGAGUGCCGACGGGAAGAUCGCUUACCCUCCGGGGGUAAAGGAGAUCACCGACAAGAUCACCACCGACGAAAUGAUCAAACGACUGAAGAUGGUAGUCAAAACUUUUAUGGAUAUGGAUCAGGAUUCAGAAGAUGAAAAACAGCAGUAUCUCCCACUAGCCUUGCAUCUAGCAUCUGAAUUUUUUCUCAGGAAUCCCAAUAAAGAUGUGCGUCUCCUUGUAGCAUGCUGUUUGGCUGACAUCUUUAGAAUCUAUGCCCCAGAAGCUCCAUAUACUUCCCACGAUAAACUUAAGGACAUAUUUUUGUUUAUUACCAGACAAUUAAAGGGUUUGGAGGAUACAAGGAGCCCGCAGUUUCAUAGAUACUUUUAUUUAUUAGAGAAUUUAGCUUGGGUUAAAUCAUAUAACAUCUGCUUUGAAUUGGAAGAUUGCAAUGAAAUUUUUAUUCAGCUUUUUAGGACUCUCUUCUCAGUGAUCAACAAUAGCCACAAUAGGAAGGUACAAAUGCACAUGCUAGACUUGAUGAGUUCUAUCAUCAUGGAAGGUGAUGGAGUUACUCAAGAAUUAUUGGACUCCAUUCUUAUUAACCUCAUUCCUGCACAUAAGAACUUAAAUAAACAGUCCUUUGACCUCGCAAAAGUCCUAUUGAAAAGGACAGUCCAGACUAUUGAGGCAUGCAUUGCCAAUUUUUUCAAUCAAGUCCUGGUGCUGGGAAGAUCAUCAGUAAGUGAUUUGUCAGAACAUGUAUUUGAUCUGAUUCAGGAACUUUUUGCUAUAGAUCCUCAUUUAUUAUUAUCUGUCAUGCCGCAGCUUGAAUUCAAACUGAAGAGCAAUGAUGGAGAAGAGCGAUUAGCUGUUGUUCGACUUUUAGCUAAAUUGUUUGGUUCUAAAGAUUCCGAUUUGGCAACACAGAAUCGUCCUCUGUGGCAGUGUUUUCUUGGACGAUUCAAUGACAUUCACGUUCCUGUGAGAUUAGAAAGUGUGAAAUUUGCGAGUCACUGUUUAAUGAAUCACCCAGAUUUAGCAAAGGAUCUCACAGAAUACUUGAAAGUUAGAUCACAUGAUCCAGAAGAAGCUAUUCGUCAUGAUGUCAUUGUUACUAUAAUAACAGCUGCCAAAAGAGACCUUGCCUUAGUAAAUGAUCAGCUACUUGGCUUUGUAAGAGAAAGAACACUGGACAAACGGUGGCGAGUAAGAAAAGAAGCUAUGAUGGGUCUGGCUCAGCUUUAUAAGAAAUACUGUCUUCAUGGUGAAGCAGGAAAGGAAGCUGCAGAGAAAGUCAGCUGGAUAAAGGACAAACUUUUGCAUAUAUAUUAUCAGAAUAGCAUCGAUGACAAACUGUUGGUAGAGAAAAUCUUUGCUCAGUAUCUUGUCCCCCACAACCUGGAAACAGAAGAGAGAAUGAAAUGCUUGUAUUAUUUAUAUGCUAGUUUGGAUCCAAAUGCUGUCAAGGCUCUCAAUGAAAUGUGGAAGUGUCAGAACAUGCUUAGAAGUCAUGUACGAGAACUAUUGGAUUUGCACAAGCAGCCUACGUCUGAGGCUAACUGUUCUGCCAUGUUUGGAAAACUGAUGACCAUAGCAAAGAAUUUGCCUGACCCUGGGAAAGCACAAGAUUUUGUGAAGAAAUUUAACCAAGUCCUUGGUGAUGAUGAAAAACUGCGGUCUCAGUUGGAGUUGUUAAUCAGUCCAACCUGUUCGUGCAAACAGGCAGAUGUUUGUGUGAGAGAAAUAGCCCGGAAACUUGCAAAUCCUAAGCAGCCAACAAAUCCUUUUCUAGAAAUGGUCAAAUUUCUGUUGGAAAGAAUUGCACCUGUGCACAUUGAUUCAGAAGCCAUCAGUGCACUGGUAAAACUAAUGAAUAAAUCAAUAGAGGGGACAGCAGAUGAUGAAGAGGAGGGUGUAAGUCCAGAUACAGCUAUUCGUUCAGGACUUGAACUUCUUAAGGUUCUGUCUUUCACACAUCCUACCUCGUUCCACUCUGCAGAGACAUAUGAGUCCCUGUUACAGUGCCUCAGAAUGGAAGAUGACAAGGUAGCAGAAGCUGCUAUACAAAUUUUUAGAAAUACAGGCCACAAAAUAGAAACAGACCUACCCCAGAUACGAUCGACCUUAAUUCCCAUCUUACAUCAGAAAGCAAAGAGAGGUACUCCCCACCAAGCAAAACAGGCCGUUCACUGUAUACAUGCCAUAUUCACAAAUAAAGAAGUACAGCUUGCACAGAUUUUUGAGCCACUCAGUAGGAGUCUCAAUGCUGAUGUACCAGAACAACUUAUAACUCCAUUAGUUUCAUUGGGCCACAUAUCUAUGUUAGCACCAGAUCAAUUUGCUUCCCCAAUGAAAUCUGUAGUAGCAAAUUUUAUUGUGAAAGAUCUGCUAAUGAAUGACAGGUCAACAGGUGAGAAGAAUGGGAAAUUAUGGUCUCCAGAUGAAGAGGUUUCCCCUGAAGUACUAGCAAAGGUACAGGCAAUUAAACUUCUGGUAAGGUGGCUGUUGGGUAUGAAAAACAACCAGUCUAAAUCUGCCAAUUCAACUCUUCGGUUAUUAUCAGCGAUGUUGGUUAGUGAGGGUGACCUGACAGAGCAAAAGAAGAUCAGUAAAUCUGAUAUGUCUCGCUUGCGAUUAGCUGCUGGUAGUGCCAUAAUGAAGCUUGCUCAGGAACCUUGUUACCAUGAAAUUAUAACCCCAGAACAGUUUCAGCUCUGUGCGCUUGUUAUUAAUGAUGAGUGCUAUCAAGUAAGGCAGAUAUUUGCUCAGAAGCUACAUAAGGCACUUGUGAAGUUACUCCUCCCAUUGGAGUAUAUGGCGAUCUUUGCCUUGUGUGCCAAAGAUCCUGUGAAGGAGAGAAGAGCACAUGCACGACAGUGUUUACUAAAAAAUAUCAGUAUACGCAGGGAGUACAUUAAACAGAACCCCAUGGCUACUGAGAAAUUAUUAUCACUGUUGCCUGAGUAUGUAGUUCCGUAUAUGAUUCACCUGCUAGCCCAUGAUCCAGAUUUUACAAGAUCACAAGAUGUUGAUCAACUUCGUGAUAUUAAAGAGUGCCUGUGGUUCAUGCUUGAAGUUUUAAUGACAAAGAAUGAAAAUAACAGCCAUGCCUUUAUGAAAAAGAUGGCAGAGAACAUCAAGCUAACAAAAGAUGCCCAGUCUCCAGAUGAAUCCAAGACAAAUGAAAAACUUUAUACAGUGUGUGAUGUGGCCCUGUGUGUUAUAAAUAGUAAAAGUGCUUUAUGCAAUGCAGAUUCACCAAAGGAUCCAGUCCUUCCAAUGAAAUUUUUUACACAACCUGAAAAGGACUUCUGUAAUGACAAGAGUUAUAUUUCAGAAGAGACAAGAGUACUUCUGUUAACAGGAAAGCCAAAACCUGCUGGAGUACUAGGUGCGGUAAACAAGCCUUUAUCAGCAACGGGAAGGAAACCAUAUGUUAGAAGCACUGGAGCUGAGACUGGAAGCAAUAUUAAUGUAAAUUCAGAGCUGAACCCUUCCACCGGAAAUCGAUCAAGGGAACAGAGUUCAGAGGCAGCAGAAACUGGAGUUAGUGAAAAUGAAGAGAACCCUGUGAGAAUUAUUUCUGUGACACCUGUAAAGAAUAUUGACCCAGUAAAGAAUAAGGAGGUUAAUUCUGAUCAGGCUGCCCAGGGCAACAUCAGCAGUGACCGAGGAAAGAAAAGAACAGUAACAGCAGCUGGUGCAGAGAAUAUCCAACAAAAAACAGAUGAGAAAGUAGAUGAAUCAGGACCACCUGCCCCUUCAAAACCCAGGAGAGGACGUCGACCCAAGUCUGAAUCUCAGGGCAAUGCAACCAGAAAUGAUGAUAUAAAUAAACCUCUUAGCAAGGGAAGAAAGAGAGCCGCAGUCAAUCAGGAAAGCCCUGGAGGUUUGGAAGCAGGUAAUGCCAAAGCACCCAAACUGCAAGACAUAGCCAAAAAGGCAGCACCAGCAGAGAGACAAAUUGACUUACAAAGAAGCCAAGUGCUCGGAAGUGAUGGCGAUUCACUUUGGGACAUAGAAUCAAGUCCAGGAAAUUCUUCCAGUGAUCUGGAUCGUUUAAAAGUCUGUGAGAGCAGCCAGGAAGAUACUGAGGACUCAGAGCUAGUAAAGGGAAGCUUCCUGAAGGUAAAAAGAAAAUUCAUUUGCAAAGGGAGAAAAUGAAGGCCAAACAGAAGCAGGCUCUAGCUUCUGCAAAAACUUGGAUUCAGAAUGACCCUGAACAGAAAAUGAAGUUAACUUCAAAACACACUUUCUGCCUUGAAAACUGAAAAAAGCUAUUACUUCCUUUUUUCACUUGACCACAAGUCCUUUGAUGGAAAUGUACAGCAGAAACUCUUGAGAGAGAGGCUAAAAGCAACUCUGUUCUACCCUCCCCCCAGACUUUUCUUAUGAAAAGUCAAUAAUUAAGCAAAUUGCUUAACACUUGGUUCCAGUUCCUGCAUAUCUGGAGUUUAACAGCAUAAUACCAUUAAUUUCCAUGCUGCAGUCUUUAUUUUAAAGAAAUUAAUAGGAUGUCCUUACACUGACAGUGAGAAUUCAUCAAUUUUAGAGCCAGGAAUUUCCCAUGUUACACAAGAAAAAAAUAGAAGUCUACUGAAUUAAUUUUUUAGAAGAAAAGAGAUCAGAUUAAAUAUUUGUUUGUUUUUCCUUUUGGAAACUUUUAUGUAUAAUUCUUUCUGCCUGCCUACUUUUCUGCAAAAUGAGAUGUACAGAUUUCAGUUCCCUGCUAUGAAAAGUGAUGUGGUGGCAAUUUUAUAAAUGUUGCUUUCUGAUUUUUAUCAGAGUGAGAAAAUAAUUAAAAUUAUUGAUUUCAUAUCACUUCAUAUUUUGAUUUCCCCUCCAUUUUAGUUUAAUAUAAUUUGCAAUAAAUGUACAUAUUGUUUUUUGUUUCAUAAAGCAUAUCACUUUAAAGUGGUUUUUACUCCUGUGAUUAUGUUGGAAUAUUUGGAAUUUUAAAGGAGUAAAGACUGUCCAGCAUUUGGUUUUAUAAUGUCUGUCACCAGAUUUUUAUUAUUGAUGUAAAAAAAAAAGUCAAUUUUUUUAAAUAGUUGGACUCUGGCAGCUUUGUAAGGAAAGUGGGAGGAGUUUAGGAUUGCUAUCAGUUUUCAGCAUUGUGCUACUGGGAAAUAAGUGCUUUGCUUUUUGUCUGCCAGUCCGGGCUCCGUUUUCAUGUUUAUUUUAGAAAACAACUGUUGCAUCAAUAUAUUGUUUCUUGGCAUUGUUCAGCAUAGGUAAUGUGUGCACUUUUUGUGUGCACAUUCAUAUUUAAGUUUUUUGCAUAAAAUAAAUGCUUCUAGAUGUCA